AUGUCAGUUGAUAACGUUGUAAAGGUUGCAAACAUAUCUUCCCUCGUAACUGAACCGAUACUGAAACAGUUGUUUGAGUUCCUAGGUGAUGUUACAAAAAUAAAAUUAUAUAAUAGUCCUCAUGGUGAUGGCGUACAAGAAUGUACAAUAGAGUUCAAGGAAGCAUAUUCAGCAAUAACAGCUCUCCAUUUAACUGGAGUGGAAUUAGGUGAUCGCACCUUGAUGGUGUCGUCAACGACCGCUCCUUCCGGCAUUCCUUUUAAUAGUUCAUACCAACAACAAAUCAUAUCAUCACAGAUGCUUCCACAAAAUCUCUCACCACCUAGGUCACUCCAAUCCAAAUCAGCUCAAAAACCUUUGAUCACACCAAUCACCGUACCACCGUUCUCUAUAAAUUCUCUUGCGGCAAUAAGAGCGAACCCUGCAAUUUCACCGACAGUUGCACAAUUUGAUCCAGCCAAAGCCGAAGAAAUAUCAAGAACGGUAUACAUUGGUAAUAUCAAUUCCUCGAUAUCGGAACCGGAAUUAACACAAUUCUUUUCGGCCUGUGGUCCAGUUGCCUACGUGAAAAUGGCAGGUGAUCCAGCUCAACCUACAAGGUUUGCGUUCUUAGAGUUUGCUACUUUUGAAGGUGCACAGGCUGCUAUGCAAAUGAAUGGUGUUAUGUUAGGAGAUCGACCUUUAAAGGAAGCACAACUAAGAAUUGCUAAUAGAUUAAAUACCGAUGGGUCUAUACCAGACAAUUCUCCUUCAGCAUCAAUAAAUGAUGUUGAAAUGAUGGACGUUACCUCACCUGCUGCUGAAGCUGUUCUACCUCGUAGUCGUUCUAGGAGGCGUUCGAGGGAUCGUGGAGAUCGUGAUAGAGGUUUGAAUCUUGGCUUGGCUUGUCUUAAUCAGAGGUAUCAGUGCGAUUAUGGUGAAUGA